AUGGCCGAGCAGCACAGGGUGGGUGCUCCUCAGCCUCCCACUAUGGUCCCGUGGGAUGCCUGGUCUUCGAUGAAGUCCCAAGGUUUGACUUCUCAGGGUGACUGUGGCUCCCAGCCGGCAGCUCGGCAAGCCCAGCGGGUCACGCUGCUCUCCACAGCCCCCAUUCAUCAUGGAUAUAAUGGAUCCCUCCCUAGUGGUGACAGAGGACGCAGGAAAAGCAGAUUUGCCCUUUAUAAGCGACCUAAGGCAAAUGGAGUUAAGCCUAGCACUGUUCACGUGAUUUCGACUCCUCAAGCAUCGAAGGCGAUCAGCUGUAAAGGUCAGCACAGUAUCUCUUACACAUUGUCCAGAAACCAGACUGUUGUAGUGGAGUAUACUCAUGAUAAAGAUACAGACAUGUUUCAGGUUGGGAGGUCAACAGAAAGCCCCAUAGACUUUGUAGUAACAGAUACUAUUUCUGGAAGUCAAAAUAAUGAUGAAACCCAGAUUACGCAAAGCACCAUAUCCCGUUUUGCAUGCAGGAUUGUUUGUGACAGGAGCCCACCAUAUACAGCAAGGAUUUUUGCAGCUGGAUUUGACUCUUCUAAAAAUAUAUUUCUUGGUGAAAAAGCAGCAAAAUGGAAAAAUCCUGAUGGCCACAUGGAUGGAUUGACAACUAAUGGGGUGCUGGUCAUGCAUCCAAAAGGAGGAUUCACUGAGGAAUCCAAACCUGGAGUUUGGCGGGAGAUCUCGGUCUGUGGUGAUGUGUACACUCUCCGGGAAACCAGAUCUGCUCAACAAAGGGGGAAACUGGUAGAAAAUGAGACCAAUGUCCUACAAGAUGGGUCUCUCAUUGACCUGUGUGGAGCUACCCUUCUGUGGAGAACGGCAGAUGGACUGUUUCACACUCCAACUCAGAAACACAUUGAAGCUCUGCGACAGGAGAUAAACGCUGCCAGACCACAGUGUCCUGUUGGGUUAAACACUUUAGCAUUUCCCAGCAUCAACCGUAAAGAUGUGGUAAAAGAGAAGCAGCCUUGGGCAUACCUCAGCUGUGGUCAUGUUCAUGGCUAUCACAACUGGGGACAUCGCAGUGACACAGAAGCCAAUGAGCGGGAAUGUCCGAUGUGCAGAACCAUUGGCCCUUAUGUGCCUCUCUGGCUUGGUUGUGAAGCGGGCUUUUAUGUGGAUGCUGGUCCUCCAACUCAUGCUUUCACCCCCUGUGGACAUGUGUGCUCUGAGAAAUCUGCAAAAUACUGGUCUCAAAUCCCACUGCCUCAUGGUACUCAUGCAUUUCAUGCUGCCUGCCCUUUUUGUGCAACACAGCUAUCUGGGGAACACAACUGCAUCAAGCUAAUUUUUCAGGGUCCAAUUGACUGAUAUCACUUUGCAAUGACCACAAUAACAUUUUCUUUUAACAAUUUACUGUGAAGAUUUUGCCACUAACUCUAGAUUUUACCUUUUUUUACAAUGUUAUUAAUAAGGUGGUAGGGUGGGGGCGGAGAACUGACAAGGAAAUUGUGAGGGACUGUGGUGGAAUUGGGAUACAUUGAUACCUGGAAUUUGACAGAUAUCAGUGGUGUUGCAUGCUCAAAAGCAGCAUAUUCAUGAAGUCUUCUUGGUCAAAUUGUAGUAUAUUUGUAAUCUUUUUAUUAGUACCCUGGAUCAGAAAAAGAUGUCUUAAUGAUUUUUUUAAGCUCAGAUUUUUUAAUGGAAAGGUUUUUUCUUCUAAACUUUGACGAGCCUUUAAAAACCUAUUUUUCAAAUCUAGAAGGAACAUACAGAAUGUAACUGUCUUUAAUUUGCAAUAUAAUUUAACUUGAAUAGUUUCUCAAGGAGCUAAUACAGAAUGUGUGGACAACCACAGGUGGAUGUUCACUAGAGAUAAUUGGAUACAUAAGAGAAAAAUUAGCUGCCUAAAUUGUAGAGUAUAAAAGCUAUUAAAAUAUCUAUUACGGUAUAACACAGCUGGCCAAAAAGGCAUCAAGGAUUACUUGAAACUGAGGAAAUCCUGUUUGCAUUGAUUUCCUUUCAGUGUAAUAGAUAUCCACUGUUCAUUAUGUAUGGUAUAUGGCUGAUUAUUUUUUUCUUCUUUUUUUCCCUGUUUAACCUGCAUCUGGUGAAACUGCUUUACUUUUUUACAUACUUAGUUCUGGUUUCUAAGCCAAUGUUCUGUAUACGUGUAGUCUGGCCUUUUUAUUUCUGCUUAAGUUAGCUUGCCCUAACUGCUCCUUGCACGCCCAGGACCAUUGGGUUAGUUG